UUCGGAAUUAAAGUUAUCCCUAGUGAAAUAUAAGACAUCAAAGUUAAAUGUCGAAUAUAUGACAUUCGAAAAACCAAAAAGUACCACCAAUAUUUUUUAUAAAUAUUGUUUUGUAAAACGUCUUCUUACACUUAUAACAAUACAAUACAAUUUAAAUUCGUAUAGCCCGAUCUAACAAAAUACUUUACAGUGAGGGUCUCCAAAGUAAAGGUGUUGCGGUCGACAAAAGCGGUGAUGGUCUUCAAAGUAAAUGUGUUCCGGUCUACAAUAUCGGGGUCUGAAGAGAUAAAUGAAACGGGCGCUGCCAUCUAUCUGCUCACUGGCAUGAAUCUCAACAAUCCUCCUCAAACCCCCGAAGGCGCUAAGAUAUUACAAAUUAAUUUGAAGCACUCAAAAAGCCGAGAAGUCCUGGACAUUGUCGUGGUUAAGGAACUGAAGAACGAAAUCAGAAGUCAAAGGGUUCCCUCCAAACACAACAUAGCCUUUGUAAGAAGUUAUUGAAGUAACAUGUCGAGCUACAGCAUAACUUUAGCUUUAUUAUUGCCCCAAGUUAUAUGACACUUGAUAAUACAGCACCAGCAGACGAAGUAAGCGAAUUCCUGGCCAAGUUUAGGCAUCAGACGGCAUUAUUUUGUGCUGUGAUGCCAAUGCCCGGCAUUCGAUCAGGGGUAGCAGCGAAAUUAAUGAAAGGGAAUAUCAUAUUAAGUGAAGAUGUCAUCGCCAACGCUUAGAUUAAAUGAAUCGACGACAGUGGUUGAUCGAUUGGUUAACUUUUUUGUGGAACAUGAAGAUUUGCGAACAAAAAGUUGGUUUUUAUCUAACGCACCAGGUCCUCUCUUUAUGAUAUUGGGUGCAUAUUUAUAUUUUUGUCUAUAUGCUGGUCCUAGAUAUAUGCGCGAUCGCAAACCAUUCGAACUAAAGAAUACAUUAUUGGUGUACAAUGCAGUUCAAGUUGUCUUAAGCUGGGUGCUAUUUUAUGAGGGAUAUAAAGGCGGCUGGGGUGGUCACUAUAAUUUUAGAUGUCAACCAGUUACAUAUGCUACAGAUCCUAUUUCUAUGAGAAUGGCUCGUGCAGUUUGGCUUUAUUAUAUUGCAAAAAUUACUGAGCUCUUGGAUACCAUAUUUUUCGUAUUACGUAAAAAGGAUCGUCAGAUUUCCUUUUUGCAUUUAUACCAUCAUACAUUAAUGCCAGUUUGCGCUUUUAUUGGAGUUAAAUAUUUUGCUGGUGGACAUGGUACAUUGCUUGGAUUUAUUAAUUCCUUUAUUCAUAUAAUUAUGUAUGCCUAUUAUUUGCUCUCUGCUAUGGGACCGAAAGUACAAAAAUACUUAUGGUGGAAGAAGUAUAUUACUAUCUUACAAAUCGUUCAAUUCUUAAUUAUCUUCGUGCACACGUUGCAGAUUCAGUUCCAACCUAACUGUGCAUUUCCCAAACCAAUUGCUGCUUUAUUGACAUUUAACGCAGGCCUCUUUACUUACAUGUUCAGUUCGUUUUACGUUAAAAAUUAUAAUAAGGAUAAGAAACGUGCAGCCACUUUAAAAGCCGCCAAAAAGGAGUAAAAUCGUUGUACUAUUUUCCUUCAUCUAUGAACACUUAAAACAUUAACCUUUUAGUUAUAACAUUAAGAUUAUAAAGUUUUUUUCUAGCCACUAAUAGAAUUUGGAUUAAGGAUUAAUUAUGUACCUUUAGCAAAAUUAGGUAUUAAGUGAUAAACUAAUGUAAUUUAAUGCAUACAUACGUAGUAGUUUUAUAACAAUUAUACGAUUAUGUAUGAUUAACGUAAAUCAAUACCACAAACGUUUAAAAGUUAAUACAUACACAACUUAUUUUUAUUAAUUUUUAGGUCUUAAGUUUAUCAAUGCAACAAUAUAAAAUUUAAUUUAGAUGAAUUAGUUGAAAUUAAUAUCCUUUCUUGUUUUUAAGUGGUAAAAGGAGAGUGCAAUAGAACCAAAUAUAAAUAUUAGCUUAUUCUUAAGGGUUCAUUAUUAAUAUGUAUAUAUAAUACAUAUGUAUGUAUAUAUUUACUGUAUUGUUUUCAAUUAUAUUUAAGUCGACAUAUCUUGCUGAAUUAAACAAUAACACAAACUAAAAACUUCAUUAAAAUAGUAUUAACGAUUGUGUCUUAUGCAAGUGUAUAAAUAAUACUUAUAAGAAUGAUCCAACGUAAAUAAAAACUGUCAAUAUUAUGAACAUAUCGAUAUAUAUAAACUAA